AGGUUUAUUUCCGCCCUGGUGAAAGACGGCCGGAGGGCAUGGUCCCCCGGGGUCCCGGGCAGGAUAAACCGGUUCCCACACAUGCGCCUCCCGACACAGGCACGGUAAGCGAAACCCGGUUUGCGAGCCGUUUGAAGCGCUUUCUAACACAGAGUGAGCUGAUCCGCACCGCAUACCUGAUUCUCGGGGAUUCACCGGCUCAGGUAGGUCGCGGGCUGCACUUUUAUGGAAUAUGAAUAUUUUUACUCGUCUUCUGUAUUUACACUAUAGUUCACUGUUUGAUAUGGAUCGACAACAUACAGUAUAGUCUCACUGCGUGUUUUGGAUCUACAUAUUUUAGUGUCUUAUCAGUCUGCAAAAUAAUUCAUUGCGUGUUAUGAAAAUGUAGUACUCCGUGACAUUUUAUGCAUGUACAAUAUCACCUUUAACAUUUACAGUUUACUUGAUUCGGUGCUGUAUAUAUCUACAUAACUUCCACGUAUGAAUCUGCUGUAUGCAUCUUAACCUGUUUUCUACAGUGCUAUUUGCUGCAAUGUUUAUUCCUGCUUUACCAAUAUUAUGGACGAUGAUCAGCAGCCUCACUUAUCAGUAAUUAAGUCCCUCUAAGGCUGGGGACAGGGCUGCCACCCACCCAUCUCCUCCAUCCUGAGAAGGUCCAACACCGGUCCAGAUCUCAUCAGAACAUCUCCUGGGCUGACGACCCAGCCAGCCCGGUAGGGGAUGUGGUUUGAUGCCGUUAGUGACGAUGAUUGCCAGGGUGACGACAAAGGCACCACAGAGGAAGCUGAGGUUGGAACCUGCAAUACACUCAAAGUUAUAGUGUCAUGACCUGCAUCUCCCAAAGAACACAGCAGAUCCCAUUAAACUCUUAUUAAUCCAAUCCAACAUUAAUUCAAUGCAAUUAAUACAAAUUACAUUGAUUCCUGCUCUAUGGACUGCCUCCAUCUAGUGGAAGUAUCAUGGAAUUACAACCAAAUUCAGGCGCUCCGUGACACUUUUCACAGGAACAUCUAUAUCAGGGUUAUUCAAAUCACGGUCCUCGAGGUCCGAGCACUGCUGGUUUUCAAACCUGCAGAAAAUUCAUGUCACAUUAUCAAUGACCGCCCCCCCAAAACACAUUUAACUUCAGUAUUUUAUUGUAAAGUAUUUCACGCUGUUUACCCACCUGUGGCCUCUGUACAGUGCUUGAUCUCCCCACAAGCCCCACCCACCUGCUACACACAGCGGAGCGAGGAGUUCAGGAAGCUCUUCAAAGUCCUGCCAGAGUCUGAGAUGCUCAUAAUGGACUGCGCCUGCGCUCUCCAGAGAGACAUCUUGCUGCAAGGGCGGCUCUACCUCUCAGAGGGCUGGCUGUGCUUUCAUACCAAUGUCUUUCGGGGCACAACGCUGAAGGUGCCCUUGAAAAUCAUCACUGCCGUGUCCCGGGAGAAGACGGCCAUCUUCAUCCCUAAUGCCAUUCAGAUCUGCACUGAGGCCGAGAAGUUAUUUUUUACAUCCUUCUCAUCGAGGGAGAAGAGCUUCCAAAGCAUCUUCAGAAUGUGGCAGAACAUGCUUCUGGACAAGCCCCUGACCAAGCCUGAGCUCUGGCACAUGGUCCUGCUGCACUAUGGAGGCGACGUGGGCCUGAGCCGCGAGGACAUGGAGAACGUUCUGGUAUCUGAGACUACCAGCAUGGCAGCACGGGCAGCUGGAGAGGAGCAUGCUGGGAGACGCGAGAGACCCACCUCCCUCCGUAUCCUGCCAACCAGUUUGCCAUCAGUGGGUAGAAGUUCCCCAGCUGGAGAGGAGCCACAGUCAUCAUCUCUGUCUGGGGGGGGCUCCGUGAACACAGAGGGCUCGCGUUCUCCUGCAUCCCGCCACCGGACUUCAGAUAAACUGUUGGACCGGAGUGUACUGGAAAGGGGGUCCAAGCGUUCUGAGUUGCCUCUGGAUCGGGGUGCUCAGGAAAGGGCAUCCAAACGUGUGGAUGUGCCUUUGGACCGGACUACCCCAGAAAGGGCGUCCAAACGCUUGGAGGUGCCUCUGGAUCGGACUGCCCCAGAAAGGGCAUCCAAACGCUUGGAGGUGCCUCUGGACCGGACUGCCCCAGAAAGGGCAUCCAAACGCUUGGAGGUGCCUCUGGACCGGACUGCCGCUGAAAGGGGGUCCAAACGCUUGGAGUCCCCUUUGGACCGAACCACCCCGGAAAGGACGUCUAAGCACCUGGAGUCCCCUCUGGACCAAACUACCCCUGAAAGGGGGUCUAAACAUUCUCAUUCUCCUCUGAAUCGAUCUGGCUCAGAAAGGGUGUCCAAAUGCCCUGAGACAACCCUGGACCUUAAUGAUAAUGAGGACCAUGUCACAGAGGGCAGCAGCUCAGAAAGUGUGGAAGAUGAUGAGUCUGCAUGUCCAGCCCCUGUCCAGGGUAAAGUGUAUAUAAACCGCCUCUUCCACUUGAGUGCAGAAAAGAUGUUUGAGCUGCUCUUUACAGAUUCUCCUUUCAUCCGGAGGUUCAUGGAAGCCAGAAAGGUGACAGGUAUCACCUUCACACCUUGGCAGAAGGAUGCCUCUGGUAACAUGAAAAGAACACUAAACUACACUGUCACCAUCAAUAAUCCACUGAUAGGGAAGUCCACCACAGCCACGGAGACCCAGACCCUCUACAGGGACGCACAAGUUGGACAGCACUACCUAGUGGAAGCUGAGGUCUAUACCCAUGAUGUUCCAUACCAUGAUUAUUUCUACACACACAACCGUUUUUGCAUCUCUCACAACUCCAAACAUGAAUGUCACCUCAGGGUCUACACAGACGUGAAGUACAAGAGACAGCCCUGGGGUUUGGUCAAAUCCUUCAUUGCCAAGAACUCCUGGAGUGGCCUGGCGGACUAUUUUCGACAUCUCGAGGCGGAGCUGCUGGAGGAGGAGGCAGAGUCUGCGCCGGUGGGUGGGGACAGUAAGGCAGGUGGCGUGCGGCGCCGUAGGAGGACCUACAGCCGCUCAGUCCCAGAACAUUUUAAAGCCAGCAAGCAGUUUGGUGUGGAGGCAGAUCUCCACCGGGACCGACUCUCAGGUUCCCUGGACAGGAAGGGCCCACAACGAUGGAACAUCGGCAUGAUUGUGGUGGCUAUGAGCUUCAUACUGCUCAUCCUGACUGUACUGAAUCUCAGCCUCUUCCUGAAGUUGUGGGCCAUGGAAGACGUGGCCCAGCGCAUGUACCUGAGCACCAAGCAGCGCCUCAGGGAGAGGGUGGAGUCCAGUCUAACCCCAGACACAGAGCCCCGUCGGUAUCCUCCUCUCAGGGAUAUGGAGGAGACCCACUUGCUGAGGUCUGUGCUGCAGGACUCCAUCGACCUGCUUGAACAGCUGCGCAGCUCUUUGGUGCUUCUGCAGCAGAGCUUCAAGGUACAGAAUGAGACCGGCCCCCCAGACUAAAGUUCCUCCUCCAAACUGAAGCCCUGCCUCUAUUGGAGCCCCACAUUCAGGGUGCAGCGCUGCCCCUGGAGCAGUGCAUAAUAUGGGUCUGCUGGUCUUCCAUGUCAUCCUCAAUUGAAGCGUACUAUGACAAAUCAUAAAUGUCCCAUGUGUUCUGUACUAUAACCUUCAGCUGAAGGUGUGUUUCUUGUAAGCUGGUUCUGCUGGUGGAACCAGAAGCCGACGCCAGCGCUGGGCUUUGACUGUGAUCAUUUUAAAUUUUGAUUAACGGAUAGUAUGUUUUCAGUUAGCUUUUACAUAUGGUAUUUUUGUUUUGGUGAGCAUAGAAUAAUUUAGUCCAGGUCAAGCGGAGGCUGUGAUCCUGUGCUCCUGUCCCAUUUCUCACGCUCUCUGAAGUGUGCAUGUGAUUUUAUUUGUGUACUUUUUAAGAUGAAGGUUGAUCCUCCGUUCCUAAAUUUUUAACGAGCCUCACGCCACCGCCUCCAUCUCUGGUGUUCCUGUUUAACUGGCUUGUUUCUGUGUUUGUCUGCACUGGGAGCAUGUGUGUUUAUUUCAGUUCCAUGGUUAAAUGUGACCCGUGCUGUUGACCCACUGUGACACCCGCACAUUGCUUUCUAAUAAAGGUUUUCACAUCUGUGUGUCUAA